UACAAACAUUUAUAUUUUAUUUCUACCUCAUUGUAUCUUUGUUUUCUUUGAUUAUAUAUGUUAUUUUGUCAUGUGAUCGAUGGGUGUUGGUUGGGACACUGUUUGAUUAAAACUUUUAGUUUGACGCAUUAAGAGGUCAACGGGGUUCAAAAGAGGAUAUAGAAUUCCCGGAAAGGUGGUGACGGGCAGAGUGAGACGGUCGGUGUUUGGGCCAGAUGCUUGGGAGAGACGCGAGACGGUCGGCGUUUGUAACACAUGCCUGAGAGACGCGGAGACGCUCAACGUUUUGGGCCACAGGCCUUUGAGUCACGGAGCCUGCGGCGUUUCAUUGACGCCGGUUUUUCCUUUCACAUACGGACCGUCGGAGUUUUAAGGUCAGCCCCAGGCGCGGUCCACCCCGUUACACCCGUCGGCGGCACGGCCGGGCAAGAGCGCGGCCCCCCUGAGGAGCGGCACCAAGCCCCACACCCAGCAGCCACAGCCCAACGGCAUGAGGAACGGCUGCUCGCUGCCCCGCGCCGCCUCUUCGUCCUCCUCGUCCUCGGGCCAGAAGAACCCCAAGAAGCUGCAGUCCAACCCCUCCAUCACCAGCCAGAGCAGCAAGCGGAGCAAGAGCAGCUCCAAGUCCAACAGCUCACAGAUGCCCACCGAGGCCCAAGACGAUUGCUGCGUUCACUGCAUCCUGGCGUGUCUGUUCUGUGAGUUCCUGGCGCUGUGCAACAUCGUGCUGGACUGCGCCACCUGCGGCUCGUGCGCGUCAGACGACUCGUGCUUCUGCUGCUGCUGCGCGUCGGAGGAGUGCGGCGACUGCGACCUGCCCUGCGACCUCGACUGUGGCAUCAUCGACGCGUGCUGCGAGUCGGCCGACUGCCUGGAAAUCUGCAUGGAGUGCUGCGGCCUCUGCUUCUCCUCCUGAGGAGCGGCGCGACCAAUCACCCCGCCAGCUCUCUGCUGUCACUCGGAUGCAGUCUCCACUCCUAUUGGCUGAGGGCCUGUAGAGUUCAGUCUUGGGUUCAGCCAAUGAAAGGAACUCUGUUUUUGCUCUUCCCUGCUCGUCACCUGGAAGCCCACGAGAGAAGCAGACACACACACACGCGCUCUUCAGCGCUGCACCUCUGUGACUCAUAGGCAAUUGGAGGCGAGGGGGGAGGAACGACUCGAAACUGAAUUUGGUCCUCAGUGACUUAGUGUCGUCUGGAUGCUUCAGAACAUUUCAACUGGGCUGAUAUUUCAUCAGGAAAGCGCCCGGAACAGCGGCUGAAGAAGCGGAUGUCUGAGCCACUGUGGAGACAGGAUGUCUGUCUGUUUCUCACUGGAGAGGACGCCUGAGAAGACGCCUGAAAAGACCGCGCCGGCCACUGCCCAGCAACCAAACUCUAGUUUUCAUGUGACAGAUUAGAAAUACCCUCAUUAAUAUAGUUUUCUGUGACAAGUGUAGUAUAGUUUCUCUGCUAGCUGUCAUUAGAAAUACCAUCAUUAAUAUAGUUUUCUGUGACAAGUGUAGUAUAGUUUCUCUGCUAACUGUCAUUAGAAAUACCCUCAUUAAUAUAGUUUAGUGGGAUUUACUGGAGGUUACCCCAUGUCAGCUAAACUGUGCAGGAAUAGAGAAUGGUUCCCAUUCCAUGGGCCUGAUGUUUAUCAUGUGAUACCGUUCUGCUCUGUAAUGCUUUAAGAUUGACCAUCGGUGAUCAAUAUAUUACUGCUCUUUCAUGUUAGAGAUGUCCUUUAGCAUUCAUCAUACAAAGUGGAAAGUUUAGCAUUGGCAUGGGGUUAUGACUACAAUGCUAACGCUACUGUGGUGAAGCAUUACAGUCUACAAUGCUAACGCUACUGUGGUGAAGCAUGAGUCUACAAUGCUAACGCUACUGUGGUGAAGCAUGAGUCUACAAUGCUAACGCUACUGUGGUGAAGCAUUACAGUCUACAAUGCUAAUGCUACUGUGUUGAAACACGACAGUCUACUAGCACUUAGCUAACAGCCUUAGUUUCACUGGUUUAGUGAGGAGAGCAGGGUGCUCAGUGGCGUGUGUCAGGAUAUGGAUAAGGCCCUUCUGAGUCUCAAUGGGAACCAUGACGAUGCUUCUUUCUCCUCUGUCUGUCUUUGGUCUUGCCAUUUCGUUCAUACACGGGAGGUAAGAUGUUAUAUAGUCCGCCGUCCAUUCUUGAAAAAGAAAUAAAUAAUAAAUAAAUAAAACAGGACAAACUUUUGUAUAGUCUUGCAGGGAUUUAUCUUUCAAGGGUGUCUUGUGGACUAUCCAUUAUGCUUAUUAUACGGUUACUUGCCAAAACGAUGAAAGACAUUCCUCCAAAAUAUAUAUAUAUUUUUCAUGACUUUAUUGCCAUUUUGUGGCCUUCUUUAUGCAAAUAGAACUUUCAAGUGUCAGGUGUUGCGUAGCAACGUAUUACUUGCAGACUUCAAGUUACAAUGAAUUUCCGAAAAGUGAAUGGACUACUUGCGGCAUGAUGAAAAGCGUGAAUUGAAAGCACAAAACCCGUUGCCAAUAGUAACGGUCAUUCCUUUUAUUCAGCGGCCAUUAUAAAGAAAUGCCGCACCUUCAAACGCUGGGAUGGCCCAUUCACAGGGGAACUUUCUGCAGUAUUCUGAGGAGCUGUAUAGUGAGCCUCUCUCUCUAAUCAGUAACAUCUUAUUAGACGUGAAAUAUGAGUAGGCUAUUAGGUCACACUGGGGCUUUUAUUCUGAAGGUUGAAAGACCAGGCCUUCAGCUAGAGUUCCUGUUUUGUGUUUCAGAAAAUGCUGGAGAAUUACUGUCAUUCCUCAUUCUACUCAGAAGUAUUUUAUUUUGACCAUUGAAGUGAAAUGAAAUAUCUUUUUUUUUUUUUACAUUUCAGAUAACCUUGUUUAAAAUGCUGAUUUUCUUGUGUCGAGAACAACCAUAGGUAGUGGCCAUGCCCGUGUAGGGACACUGGUUCAUUAGCCUGCCUUGUGUUUCAUGUUUUAUGUCCUUCAUCUCAUGUGAAAUCUGGAGCUGGUACAGAGUUCUAAGGUGCCCUCGGGCCCCAGUGAAAGUGUGAAUCGUCAACGGAGGCUUGUGUCUCCGAGUUCUUUUCUCAGAACUCUCAUGAAUACCUCAUUGAUCGUCUGGUUCUGCCCCCCACCCACCCAGCAAGGGGAACCUCUGGUACGGACUUACACCAAUUAUCUGUUCCGUGUUCUUAGCUUUGGUAUAGAAACAUACUAAAUCACCAAACAAAUAUUCCGAUGCCCAACAUCAACAUGUACAGCUUAAAUAAAAAAAUAAAAAAUUCAAAGUGA